UGAAUCCCUGGCCGGCCUGAAGAAGAAAAGCCGUGACUUCGCCACCCAUGUGCUGAGCACUAUCCAGAACAGUGUAAAUCAAAAACAUCAAAGCAAAUAUCAGCCGUCAGAACAUGUUGAGCUGCCCUGACCAAUCUCCAGCAGGGAACCUCGGGCAGGAGGAGAACUGGGAGACGCUGGGGGCCUUGGCACUCCUGUCAACCAAGCAGAUGGGGGCCGAAGGUUCCCCGGUCAAGAGCAAAUCACUGUUUUGUCAGGCCAGUCACAACCACGUGGGGAAGAUGGAUCCCAUGGUAUCAAAUAGCAACAAUCAGCCGAGAGAUGGAGGGCAAGUGGGGGCGGUCGUGGGGGUCCCAUCGCCAGAGAAUAGUCCCGAUGGGAAGCGUCGGAAUGUGAGGAAAGGCUCCGGCCUUGUGGACACGCAGACCAGCUGCAUCCGACAGAUCUUGCUGCUGCAACUGGAAUUGAUUGAAAAGCAACAGAAGCAACUUCACAACAAGAGCAAAGAGAUUGAUGACCUCAAAGCUGAAAAAGAGAUGCUAAUGGCACGAAUUGAAUGCAUGGACCAUCGGCUGCAGAUGGUGAAAAAAGAGGGUGCAGAAUCCCGUCCUUCUCAGACGCCUCGUCGUAAGGAACCUGAGGCUGCUGCCACAGAUGACAUCCAGCAAUCUGAGGGGCGGGUCCAAACCCCAAAGCAAAUGCACUUUGGAAGAGGAGAAAAAAGCCUGAGAAGGGUGUGUAAAUGAUGACAGAAUUUUCA